GGUCUCCCCCACAGAUCCAUACCGCCUUGUGCUUUCUCCCCUCCCUCGGGGGAUGGGAUGGCGGGGAGGGGUCCUCGCUGGCCCUGGGAGUGUCCCAGGCGGCGUCAUGCCGAUCGCUCCCUGUAUAAAGCCCUCGAGCGACCGAGCCGGGCAUCGCUCGCCCUGCACCUUCUCUGCGUCCCUCGCGCCGUGAGGUAGAAGCGCUUGGAAGCGGCUGAUCGCACCCGAGGCGCCCCCUUCCGGGAGAUGCUCCGAAGGCGGCGAGUCUUCUUGAUGGAACCUCGGUGGCGUCGAGACAGUACCUGGAGCCCGACAGAGAGCUGUGUGGUGUUAACCUCAAUCAGCAUGUCCCAGAGGCUGCAAAAUCUUCAACCGCAGUGGCCCCUCAACCUGGAUGGCAAGAGAAGCAACCAGGAGGAUAGAUGGGGUGAGGCAGGAUCCCUCAGAGAAGCCAUUCCUCACGAGCUGGGCUUUUUGCCCACGAGUGGGAGGCUCCUCAAAUCCGAAUCGGAGGACUCUGGCGUUGAAAUGGCCAGCAAUGAUCACUCUCCCUCCACCCCAGUGGGUUCAGAGAAAAACUUCUCCUUGGACUGUCUUGAUGGCUUCCAGCCUUCAGUAGAAGACUCUCCUCCUCCUCCUCCUCUCCUCCAGAGCUGCCCCAAAGGCAAAGAGCCAGAGGACCUCAGUUUCAUCCAGGAUCGUGCCUACUGCCAGAAUCUCUCAGUCAGUAAGAAGUUGGCUCAGGUGGUCCAGCGGUCUCAGAAGCUCUGUUUGCCUGGCCAAGCCUCCAGGCAGCUGCAUCAGAGGCCCCAGAGCCUGGUGGACUUGGAGGGGCUGAUGUCCUAUCGCUUACACCGGCUGGCGAGUAUGGACAGGAAUGUGGAUGCUGCUGCUGGAGAAUUAAUUCAUGUGGUCUCUGGUCACAGCACCCCAGAGGAACGGAACCCAGAAGGAGAGGUGCACUAUGAGACUUCACUGACCAUGCCAGGACAGGGCUUGCGGUACCUGGAGCACAUCUGUCAGAUGCUGGAGAAGAUUGCUCACCUGCAGCGGGCCAACCUUCGACUCCAGCAUCAGCAUCAUGUCAUGGAGUGCCAGAUUCGGGUCCAGGAAUCUGAGAAUGUAAGACAGCAGGAAGGCUUUUCUGAAGAAGCACCAGAAGACCCUAGGCUGACAAGAGUUGAACCUCAAGCUGACGAUCCAGCAGCCACAGAAAUGGAGGAGGAAGAGGAGGAUCCCAAAUUGACAGACUCCUGGCACCCCCACCAUUUCCGGGCACGCUCUGCCUCGGACACGCGUGUACUACGGAGCCCAGCCCGUAAUCUGGGGAACAAGGCUGAUUGCGCCAGGACAUCUGCAGCCCACUCUGCCAGUGUGCCCAGCCUGUUGGAUCAGCCAGAUGGGGGCUCACAUACCUUGCCACCAGGCAUGAAGCUCAAGAAUGACCACUCGCAUUGGGGCAGAGUCAGAGGACUCAUCAGCAGGAUUACAAGGAAGUCUCUGCGGGCCAAUGAAGCAUCCCCAUCUGGCCAGCCUGCCUCCAGCAGCAGUCAGUGUAGAACGGACACCAUAGCAGAUAAAGAAGAAUCCCACCUCAGGCGGCGUUUUCUGCCCACUCUUGGGGCAAAGAAACAAAGAUUAAAACACCUCUCCAUGCGGUGAACUAUAGGUUCUCUUGGGGUCAUAACAGGUCUGUGAACCCCAAGUCAGCACCACUGAGCGCAAAGACUGUCCUUCCUUUCCUCAUGUGCCCAUCGGUAGCCAACAUUCUCCACCAGCUUCAGUGACGGUGGUGGGAUUUGAUUCCCUUCCACUGGAAGAGAGAAGAGGACUUUCAGAUAAAGACUUGUGAGAUGCACAACACUCACCUUCUGUGGUUAAGAAAGAAUUGACUUGGGAUCCACAGUCCUUUUACCCUAGCACAAGGAGGAAAAAUGUCUUAACUGGAUUCUCUUCUGUGGAACCUCUUCAACCCAGUGUAGACAUAACAUUUCACUCUCUACUAGCCAUGGUUGGCAGUUUGGGAGCCACCCUUGUCCGCACGUACUUCCUCCUCUGCACUCUGGAGCAAUGUCCCCCCUUUCCUGUUUUAACAUGUUUGUCACAUUUAUAUAUGCACCAGUGCUAUAAUGUAAACCAUGUUUCAACAUGGGUUUUGUAAACUAUGCUUAUGAGGCAACCUGGUUUGAAUUUACCAUAGUUUAUAUCAAUACACAUGCUUUCUGGUGCUGGGUCCCAAUUUGCAAACUAUAGUUUGCAGGGAGCCAGUUUUACAUUGGCACAGAGCCUUAUUGUUUAGUCUGCACUUUUUUAUGCACUGUGUUUGGGAUGGAUCUCCGUAAGGCUGGCCCUCUGGAGAAAACUGGUUUUAGGCCUGUCCCAAACAUGUCACUGAAGGAAAUCCAUGUAUUCUGUGGUAUAAACAUAGAACCUUUCCCAUCAUUACCCAGCUCUCCUAAGAUUUGAGGCUGCCUUUUCAUUGGUUAGGAGUGUGGGCAUAAAAUGCUCAUGUGAGCCGUUACUAGGCGAGGCUGAGAGGGGAGAUGAGAGAUCUCCAAAUUUUCUGUUGCCUCAUCUCCACCAGGAAAUCCCUGCAUUGCAGAAUGUGAAAUAACUUAUUGAUCUGCCUUUAAUUAUUAUUACUUUUUCCUUAUUAAACAAAUGACUGACAGUUCCCUGAUAUUUUUUGGGGUGUGCGCACAUGCGCUUCACAUAUGGAGUGAACCCUGUUUAUAUUUAUAUGGCCUAAUGGUCACACGUGUAUGUGUAUAUAGAUGGACAUUGAUAAUAAUCACAAGGUUAUCUCAAAGAAAGUGGAAAAUAAAAACUGUUUUGCAGGCUUUUUUUUUACAUUCUGC